AUUCUCUCUCAAGGCAGCUACAAUUCCUCACCUCUCCUCUCCUCGCCCCCCUCGAGCAUCACACCAUGGACAGCGGUCUUCUUCCUAAAUCCCUAGUCUUCUUCACGCUCUUCCUCUUCAUCACCACCACCAUUAAUGCCGCCAGUGCCAACGAUCCCAGCCAACCAAUACUAAGGCCGCUGGGCAAGGAGAAGGUAACCCGCCUCCGCUUCUACUGGCACGACGUUGUGAGCGGCAAGAACCCCACCAGCAUCACCAUCGUGCCGGGCCCCUCCGUCAAUUCCACCACCGGAUUCGGCUCUGUUCAGAUGAUCGACAACCCGCUGACCGAGGGGCCGGAGCUGACGUCCAAGCAAGUGGGGAGGUGCCAGGGGAUCUACGCGUCGGCGUCGCAGCAGGACCUGGGGCUGCUGAUGAGCAUGAACCUGGUGUUCACGGAGGGGAGGUACAACGGCAGCACCCUCAGCAUCAUUGGCCGGAACUCGGCGCUUCACAAAGUGAGGGAGAUGCCGGUCGUCGGCGGCAGCGGCGACUUCCGGAUGGCCCGGGGCUUUGCCCUGCUCAGGACGCACUGGCUCGACAUGAACACCGGCGAUGCCACCGUGCAGUACGAUGUGGUUGUCGUGCACCAGUGAGUCAGAGUCGGCCGGCCGCCUGCCGGACAGUCGCCGUUGAUACCAAAAUGCUUUGCUUUUAUGGGGAGCAUUUUUUUUAGGGAGACUCUACUUAUGUAAUUGGUUAUCCGUUGUAUUUUAGGUUGUUGAUCGGAGGAGACAGCAGAAGUGAUUUAAUGUCAUAUUAAUUACCCUCUCUCUCUCUCUCUCUCUCUC